GCGGCGCGCGCAGCCUGCCGGGAGCGGGCUGAGCCGGGGGGCCGCGGCCGGCGUCCGGCGCGCAGCAUGCGGCUGCGGCCAGCGUAGUAGUGGCCAUGCCGCCCGGGCCCCGGGGCUGCCCCGCUGCGCGCCGGCAUGGUGAACCUGGCGGCCGUGCUGUGGCGCCGGCUGCUGCGGAAGCGGUGGGUGCUCGCUCUGGUCUUCGGCCUCUCGCUCAUCUACUUCCUCACCAGCACCUUCAAGCAGGAGGAAAGGGCCGUGCGAGACCGGAACCUCCUGCAGGUCCACGAGCAGGAGCCGCCCAUCGCGUGGAAGGUGCAGUUCAACCUGGGCAACAGCAGCCGCGCCAGCGACCAGUGCCGCAACUCCGUCCAGGGCAAGCUGCUCAUCACCGACGAGCUGGGGUACGUGUGCGAGAGGAGGAACGUGCUGGCCACCGGCUGCUGUGACGUCCGCGCGCCGACCACCAGGCUGCACAGCUGUGACGGCUGCUCGCCCAGCGGCUGCUGCGGCGCCUACGAGCUCUGCGUGUCCUGCUGCCUGCAGCCCAGCAAGCAACCCCUGCUGGAGCGCUUCCUGAGCCGGGCAGCCGCGGCCUUCCAGAACCUCUUCAUGGCCGUCGAGGACCACUUCGAGCUCUGCCUGGCCAAGUGCCGAACCUCGUCCCAGAGCGUGCAGCAUGAGAACACCUACCGGGACCCCGUGGCCAAGUUCUGCUACGGGGAGAGCCCGCCCGAGCUCUUCCCCGCCUGAGCGCCCCGGGCCCGCCGUCCCGCUCGGGAAGGACAGUGCCAGCCCGGUGGGGCCGGGGGCUGCUGGCGGGUUGGGGCACGCCCCCCCGAGAUUCGGGUGACUCACGCUUCGCCCAGGGACCUUCGCUGUCACUUUAUUUAUUGGACUCCUCUGACUGGUGGGGGAGAGACGCCUCGUACGGAGAAACGCUUUGCCUUGGUCCUCGGACAUAGUCCGGAAGACUGACUCGGCCGGUCACGCUCCUGGAUUAAAUGCUGGGUCCCCAGGGAGGGCUGCUUAACCGGUUUCCGCCCCCCGAGACACUUUUACCUGAUCCUGGUGUACAAAUCAAACAUGUGCUGACAAUAAAUCACAUUCACUCA